AUGAAUGUUGGUUUCCUGGGAUUGGGCGUGAUGGGAACUCCCAUGGCGCUCAACCUGUGCCGCAGAUUCCCUACCACUGUCUGGAACAGAACGGCCUCCAAAUGCACGGCAUUAUUACAGGCUGGCGCUGAACUCGGUCAAACGCCAGCUAAAGUGCUUGAACAAUCCGACGUCAUCUUCACUAUGAUGUUUGACGGUCCUGCCAUACGAUCUGUGAUUGAUGAUGACUUCCGAAAGGCGCUCCGGGGCAAGACGCUUAUCAACACCAGCUCAGUAUCUGUGGAGUUCAGUCAGAGCAUAGAAAAGGAGGUCAAUGAAGCAGGCGGCAAGUUCAUCGAGAUGCCCGUCAGUGGGAGCAAAGUGCCGGCUGAAUCAGGAAACCUGGUGGGAAUGAUGGCUGGUGACCAGAACGAGUGCGAGCGAAUCCGACCCUUCGUCGAGCCGAUUACCAGUGCUGCCAUCUAUUGCGGACCCAUCGGAGCUGGCCUGAAGACCAAGUACGCAGUCAACGUCUUUCUCAUCACUGUUACGGCUGGGCUUGCUGAAUCGAUGAAUCUGGCCCGCGCACAACGCCUCGAUCUUGAAGCAUUCAGUAGGGUGCUGGAUGCCGGUCCUUUGGCUUCUGCUUAUUCAAGGAUAAAACUGGAUAAGAUGGCCAAAGCCGAUUGGUCUCCCCAGGCGGCUGUAAAGGACUGCUACAAUAGCACGGAGCUUAUUCGAACUGCGGCCGCGGCCGCAGAAGCAGAAACACCUCUCAUCCAGGUGUGCAACUCUUUGUAUCGACAGGCCGUGAACUCUGGAUUGGAGAAUGAGGAUAUGAUUGCCGUCUAUAGGGUCCUGUCGGAGCAAUGA